ACCGAACCCAAAGAGCACAGCCGGCACGGAGCGGGGCCGGUUCGGCGGUGGGGAGCGGGGCAGCGCGGGGAGCGGGAUCUGCUGUGCGGGGCGGGGUGCGGGGCUGUCCUGGUGCGGGGUUUGGGGCUCCGUUGGUGCGGGGUUUGGGCUCUCUGGGUGCGCGGUUCGGGGCUUUCCUGCUGCUGGAUUUGGGACUUUCUCGGUGCAGGGUUUGAGUUCUCCCUGUGCGGGUUCGGAGCUGCCCCAGUGCGGGAUUUGGGGCUGUCCCGGUGUUUGGGUUCUCCUGGUGUACAGUUUGAGUUUUCCCAGUGCAGUUUUUGGCUUCUCCUGGUAAAGAAUUUGAGGCUUCCUAGCGCUGGGCUUGGUGCAUGGCUUGAGUUCUCCCUGUGCAGGAUUUGGGCUCUCCUGGUGUGGGGUUUGUCCUGUCUCAGUGCAGGAUUGGGGCUCUCCUGGUGUGGGGUUGAGGCUUUCUCACUGCAGGAUUUGGUGCUUCCUCAGUGUGGCUUUGGGGGUCUCUCGGUGCAGGACUCAGACCCCCAUGGUGCAGGGUUUAGAGCUCUCCCAGUGCAGAUUUUAGGGCACCCAUGUGGGGUUUGGGCUCUGCUGGUGUAGGGUUCAGGCUGUUCUGGUGCAAGAUUUGGGCUCUCCUGUGCAGGAUUUUGGGCCUUCCCUGGUGUGGGGUUUGUUCUGUCCCAGUGCAAGGUUUGGGCUCUCCUGAUGUGGGAUUUGGGGCUCUCCUGGUGUGGGGUUCGGUCUUUCACAGUGCAGGGUUUGGUGCUUUCUCAGUGUGGCUUUGGGGUUCUCUUGGUGCAGGAUUCAGACCCCCAUGCGGGGUGCAGGGUUUGGAGCUCUCCCAGUGCAGGAUUUGGCCUCUCCUGGUAAACAAUUGGAGUUCUCUCAGUGCAGGCUUUGGGGCUGCCCCGGUGCGAGGUUUGGCCUUCCUCACUGCAGGAUUUGACGCUUUCUCACCACGCCUUUGGGGUUCCCUUGGUGCAGGAUUUGGUGCUUUCCCUGCGCUCCCUUUGCGCAGCGCAGAUUUCGGUGCUCAGCAUCACCCCGAUUCCUCCACAUCCCAUGGCAGCUCACGGAGCCGGCAGCUGCUGGCAGGAUCCUCUGGCGGUGGAAGGCACGAUGUGCCGCCCGGUGUGCGGGACGCGGUGCGGGCGGGCGCUGAGCGUGGUGUUCGUGCCGAGCUGCCAGCCGGCUCCGUGCCCGGCGCUGCGCUCCCUGCGGGCCGCCUGCCGCCAGCUGCGGGGCCGGAUGCGCACCGUGCCGUUCGGCCGCCUGGCGCUGGGGGACACCGCAGCCCUGGAUCUCUUCUAUAACGCAGAUGUGGCCGUGGUGGAGCUGAGUGAUGCCGUCUGCCAGCCCUCGCUCUUCUACCACUUGGGGGUCCGUGAGAGCUUCGAUAUGUCCCACAACGUGCUGCUCUGCUGCCACACGGUGCUGCCUGCCCUGCGGGCCCUGCAGGAGGACAUCUGCCAGAAGAACUCGGACCUGUGUGGCAGUUAUACCUUCAUCCCCUACACGGUGACGGCGCAGGGAGAGGUGCUGUGCUGUGAGAACAGCACUGAGCAGUGCCCCACUGAGCUCCCCCAGCCCAGCUGCGACACGGAGCCAUUCGCCCCACUGACAGCACGGCUCAUCCGCCUGCUGGAGGCCAUCCCCACCAACUCCUGUGGGUAUUUUCGGGAGACCCUCCGCCGUGACAUCCGCCGGGUGCGGGAGCUGUUCCGGGGCGAGCAGCUGAGCCGUGAGCUGAGGAGCAUCCAGCAGCGCCUGGACAGCGUGGAGCUGCUCAGCCUGGACAUCGUGGUCAGCCUGCUGCUGUCCUACCGCGAUGCGCAGGAUUACGACUCCAUCAUCUCUCUGGUGGACACCUUGCACUCCCUGCCUACCUGCGACGUGGCCGAGCAGCCCCACGUCCGCUUCCAUUACGCCUUUGCCCUCAGUCGGCGUAACCGUGCUGGGGACCGUGAGAAGGCUCUGUCAGUGCUGCUGCCUGCCGUGCAGCACCGAGACACGGCGGCACCCGACCUGCUCUGCCUCUGUGGCCGCAUCUACAAAGAUAUGUUCAUCAGCUCUGGCCUCAUUGACACAGAGAUGCGGGACCGAGCGCUGUACUGGUACAGCAAAGCCUUUGAGCUGGAGCCCAGCCUCCACGCGGGCAUCAACGCUGCCGUCCUCCUCGUCGCCUCCGGCCAUCGCUUCGACACCUCGCUGCGGCUGCAGCAGAUCGGCGUGAAGCUGAGCUGCCUGCAGGGCCGUAAGGGCAGCCUGGAGGAGCUGCGGCACUACUGGGACGUGGGCUUCUGCCUGGGGGCCGGAAUCUUGGCCAACGACCUGGGCAAAGUCAUCCAGGCCUCCGAGAAGCUCUACAAGCUCAACGCACCAGGAUGGUACCUGGUGUCCGUCAUGGAGACGUUCCUGCUCUACAAACACUUCCAGGAGAGCCCAGCGGUGCCAUCUGCCCGGCAGGAGCUGGUUGACUUCUGGCUGGGCUUCCUCCUCACCUCCUGCCAACCCUUCGUGCCUGAGCCGUGCUGCCCGGUGGGGAGCAGCCCUGGGGACCUGGGGACAGGUGGGGGGACACGGGGUGACCGUUUGUGGUGGCUGCAGGUCCUCAUCCUGGAGCAUGGCAAGGUGCUGCAGCCGGCGCGGCUGGCGGUGCGCAGUGCAGCAGAGGAGCCCGCUGUGAUGCUCACCCUCGUGUGCCCCACGGAGGAGAAAGCGGCGUCGAGCUGGGAGUUCCCACCUGCAGCCAUCCGGGGCGUCAGCAUCUGCAAGAGCGACGAGCGGGGCUGCUUUCUCUACGUGGUGCACACAGAGGAGGACUUCCAGCUGUACUUCCCCUCCCAGCAGCACUGCCAGUGGUUCUGUGAGUGGGUCCAAUCCUUCCUGGUGGAGCAGGGCGGUGAGGAGCUGCCCAGCAGCACGCAGCCCAUCCUGGAGUACAGCUAUGAGUGCACCGAGUCGGGUGAGCGUGUGGUCCUGGGCAGGGGCACUUAUGGGGUCGUCUACGCCGGGCGCUGCCUCGGCACCCAAGUGAGGAUCGCCAUCAAGGAGAUCCCAGAGCGGGACAGCCGCUACUCGCAGCCCUUGCACGAGGAGCUGGCCUUGCACAAGCGCCUGCGGCACAGGAACAUCGUGCGCUACCUGGGCUCCAUCAGCCAGGAUGGCUUCAUCAAGAUCUUCAUGGAGGAGGUGCCCGGAGGGAGCCUCUCUUCCCUGCUGCGCUCCAAGUGGGGUCCCCUGAAGGACAACGAGCCCACCAUCAUCUUCUACACCCGCCAGAUCCUCAACGGGCUCAGUUACCUCCACGACAACCACAUCGUGCACCGGGACAUCAAGGGUGACAAUGUCCUCAUCAACACAUACAGCGGCGUGCUGAAGAUCUCCGACUUCGGCACCUCCAAGCGGCUGGCGGGCAUCAGCCCCAGCGCCGGCAGCUUCACGGGUAGGAGAGGAGUGGGGGAGAGGGGCUGUGGGGCAUCACGGUGGGCUUCAUUCCUCCCACCACCUCCCCCAGGCACCCUGCAGUACAUGGCCCCCGAAAUCAUCGACCAAGGGCCGUGGGGCUAUGGGAAGCCAGCAGAUAUCUGGUCCUUGGGCUGCACCGUCAUCGAGAUGGCCACGGGCAGACCGCCCUUCUACGAGCUGGGCAGCCCCCAGGCAGCGAUGUUCAAGGUGGGCAUGUUCAAGGCACACCCAGAGGUGCCCAGCUCCAUGUCGGAUGAGGCCAAGGCUUUCAUCCUGCGCUGCUUCGAGGCUGACCCAGCCAUGAGGGCAACAGCAUCUGCAUUGCUGCAGGACCCGUUCCUGGCUGGUGCCAGGCGUGCCGGCAGCCAGAGGGUGCCCACAGCGAGGGGUGGUUCACCCCGCUGGGAGCGCCGCGAUGGGGACGCAGUGGGGACCGACAGCACCGAGGGAUGUCCUGCCAUUGGGGUUGGGGUGGGGGGCGCAGCGGGCGGCACCCCGCUCCCACACCACCACGGUGAGGCAGCGUCAGGCCACAGCAGCACCAGCUCCGACCUCACCCUGCGCUCAUCCUCACCCGAGGAGAGCGGGGACAGCUUCGUGCUGCAGAAGGACAUCCAGCACCGCACCACCCUGCUGUGCAUCCUCAGAGCCGAGGCACCGGGCAUCACUGCUGCCCUGCAGGAGAGCCAGAGCGCGGUGGGACCACGGCUGAGCUCGGAGCACAUCGCCCAGCUGCUGAGCUGCCUGCAGAGCUACAUCCAGAGCCCCCAGCAGCCCCAGCUGCGCCACGACCUCCUGCAGCUGCAGGCACGGCUGAGGGAGGAUGGGAUCGGUGUGCAGCGACUGCAGGCACCACUGCUCCACUUCCAGGCUGUGGUGACACGGGUGUUGCGCCAGCACCACAUCAGGCCUCACUGGGUGUUUGCUCUGGACGCUGCCAUCAGCCAGGCAGUGCAGGCAGCUCUGGCGGUGCUGCUGACAGAGCUGCAGGAGGAUGGAUCCAAGGGUGACAGCCCCACGGAGAGCAGUGCCAGCCAGAGGUGCUCAGUGCUGCUGGCACAGCUCCGCCGCCUCCGCGCACAGACGGGCAGGCUUCUCCGGCAGCUGGCUGAGAAGGAGCAGGAGUGGCAGCAGUUGGCACGGCAGGCGCUUUGCUCGGUGGACACCACGCACCCCAAUCUCCCCCCACACCGUGGUGAGCAGGGACACAGCGGGGGUGACACCGCCGUGGGGCAGGGACCCUCCGCCUCAUCCCUUGAGUGCAGCCCCGGGGCCCAGGCUGACCCACUGCUCCUGGAGUGGCUGCAGCAGCACGGCACAGACCCAACCACCACAGCCACGCUCCUGACGCACGGCUUCACCCUGCGGGACCUGCUGGGCAGCGCCACCUGCGACGACCUCUUCUACACCGGGAUGAGGUGCCCACCAGGGUUGGGAGGUGGGACAUGGGGUGACAGAUCCCUGUGCCCCCCCCCCUCCAGCCCCAUAUCCACCCCUCCAACAGGCGCGGCUCGGCGUAUCGCCUGUGGGCAGCCAUCGUGCAGCACCGCAGGGAUCACGGCUGCGGAACAGACAGGGGGGGAACGCAAUAAACACCAUCCAGGAGAGAGCGUGCCGUGCUUCAUUGCAACCCAAGGGACAGCGUGGGCACGGCCCCAUAUGCGUGGGGCACAUCCCAAACCUCCCACCCCCUCCGUCUCCAUGCCGGGGGUCUCGCUGUGCUCACGGUGCGGUGCGGGGCACCAGGUCGGUGCGCAGCGGUAGCAGCGCUUCCACCCAGCGCCCGGAA